UGUUAUUAUAAAGCGGUAUUUGUGAUUGAUAGCUAAACAUAAAGCUCUGCAAUAAUUAUAUGACAAGCCAAUAGCUUUAGUUGAUUCAAAAUCACUGUCUGUCAAAUAUAAAUUAUUUUGAAGAAGAAAUUCUCUUGGCGACAUUGUCUAAAAUAGAUUCCUGUUAACUUAAUUUUUGCUUAUAGAACAUACUCGAUGCACAAAAAUAUCAAAAUGUCAGAAGCUCCUAAUGAUCCGAUAAUUAAAAUUGAACCACAAGAAUAUCCAAUCGAAGACAUUAAACAGGAAAUUGAUGAAGAGUAUAAAUCGUGUUCAGAGGAUGACAAAACAUGUCUAAAGAGAUUUAUGAACUCUAUUGUAAAAAUAGAAGAAGAUGUCGAACAGGAAUUAAUUCAAACUCCUCCUUAUAAAUGUAUCAAGUGUAAUAGAACAUUUAGAAAGUUGCAUUAUUUAGAACAGCAUAUGUUAAAUUAUUGUCAUAGGGAUACAUAUCAUUCAGAGUCUUUUUCAGAUGCAAGUGCAUUAGAAAUACAUAUAAAAUCUCAUACAGGUGAAAAACAUUUCACAUGUACAAAGUGCUGCAAAGCAUUUACUGAAAAAUAUCACUUAGAUCAACACAUUUGUGAUUCUGCAAGAGAACAAAUUUUACAUUUGAAUGAAUCUAGUAAUCAAAAACGAAAUAUUCGUGCUCAUACUGCAAAGGGACCAGUUGAACGUCCCCAUAUUUGCAAAAUAUGUGAAAAGACAUUCACACAAUUGAGUUACUUGAAUAGACAUAUGAUCAUCCACACUGGUGAACGUCCGCAUAUUUGCCAAAUUUGUGAUAAGACAUUCACACAAUUGGGUUCCUUGAAUAGACAUAUGUCCAUCCACACUGGAGAACGCCCUUAUAUUUGCAAAAUAUGUGAAAAGACAUUCUUACAAUUGGUAGAUUUGAAUAGACAUAUGCGUACCCAUAUUUGCCAAAUUUGUGAUAUGACAUUCACACAAUUGUCUCAAUUGAAAAGACAUAUGUUGAUUCACACUGAAAAACUCCCGCAUAUUUGCCAAAUUUGUGAUAAGACAUUCACACAAUUGUCUCACUUGAAAAGACAUAUGCUUAUUCACACUGGUAAACGUCCCCAUGUUUGCCAAAUUUGUGAUAAGACAUUCACACAAUUGUCUCACUUGAAUCAACAUCGGCUUAUUCACACAGGUGAACGUCCCCAUGUUUGCCAAAUUUGUGAUAAGACAUUCACACAAUUGUCUCACUUGAAUCAACAUCUGCUCAUUCACACAGGUGAACGUCCCCAUGUUUGCCAAAUUUGUGAUAAGACAUUCACACAAUUGGCUAACUUGAAUCAUCAUCUGCUUAUUCACACAGGUAAGCGUCCCCAUGUUUGCCAAAUUUGUGAUAAGAGAUUCGCACGCUUGGGUACCUUUAAUACACAUAUGCUCAUUCACACUGGUGAACGGCCACAUAUUUGCCAAAUAUGUGAUAAGACAUUCGCACGAUUGAGUAUCUUGAAUAGACAUAUGCUAAUUCACACUGGGGUACGUCUUAAUAAAUGAAAAGUAUGUAGUAAGACAUUUACAGAAUCAAGUAAGUUGGAUAGACAUAUGCUCAUCCACACUGGUGAGCAUCCUUAUAUUUGCCAACUUUGUGAUAAGACAUUCAGAUACUUGCGUAACUUGAAUAGACAUAUGGUCAUUCACACCGGAGAAUGCCCUUACAAAUGUUAAAUCUGUGAUAAGGUAUUCAAACGUUCAGAA